AUGGCUGGCCGACUGCAAGAGUUCCCCAGCAACGUUCCUCUACAAGCAAGCCACGCCCCCAAUAUCGCCCUCAUUGCUGUCUUCGACUUCACACAAAUUUUUGGCUUCAGUCUAUUGGCCAUCGUCCUCCUCUCGGCCCGAUUAGCGAAGACCGUUCACAGGUCCCCAGCUUGGUUCAACUUCUUACUCACUUGGGUCCUUUAUUGCAUCUCUUACCUCAUCACGCUCGGCCAACAAACUGGAGAAGAGCCGCAUUUCUCUAUAUGUCUAUUCCAAGCAAUGCUAAUAUACGCUGCCCCAGCUGUAACCGUCACGGCCGGUCUAUGUUUUUCGGUCGAGAUGUGGCGGAUAAUUACGCGGGCGGGUCGAGGCGCAUCGUCGUUUCGGGACUACGGAGCAAUCAUUGUCGUUCCUUAUGUGGUUCACCUGGCUAUCUGCAUUGAGGUACUCACUGUAGGUGUUAAUCAAUGCUUUCGCCGAACGCCCGUAACUAACCCAGCGAAGCUAGGCUUGAAGGACCGUAGAUUAGUCAAACGGGAUAGGACGUUUGCGUUUUGCCACCUAGACCACCCUCUUCCUGCGUAUAUCACUGGUGCUGUCGUCAUCUGUGCAAUCGUGAUUGCGAUGUCUUUCGUUGCCUCUACGGCGCUCCACAUUCGAAGGCACCUUGCUACAUCCCGUUUGUGGCAAGGCCUACAGGUUUCCAAUGCUCAGAAGAUGGUCAUUCGCUUCGGCAUUUUUACCGUCCUACCAGUGGUCGGCUUAGCCAUUUCAGUUGCUCAGGUCGCUGUCAAGUCCAGCCUCAUCGCUGAUGGGAUUCUGAACAUCGCAAUCGGAACUCGACAUUAUGCGUGUCUGGUGCUUCUGGCGAAAUCCGACAACAGAGUCAAAGAAUUCGUUGCCGAAGUCUGA